AUGGCAAUGCAUCUGGUGGAUGUGGGUAAGAGGCCUGUGACUGGCCUCCGACUAUUUCUAGAAGGUAAAAGAAGCAACCGACUGGCCAUCCACCUGCAGCACCUUUCCUCUCUUCCGAAACUCCUGCAACUCAAAGACGAUCCAAUGGGCAACUUCCCUCAGGAGUCCCAUGAUCGUAAAUAUUAUGAGAAAGUUCACUGGAAGAACUACUCCCACGUUUGCACUGCUCCAGUUGAGUCUGACGAGGAACAUUCCAUAGUUACCGGAGCCCAAUUACAAGUUCGGGAUUAUGGCUUGAAAAAGGUUCUCUUCUUAAGACUCCGCUUCUCGACUGUCCUGGGAGCUGCUGCUGCAAAGCAUCCAGAAUGGGAAGGUUCCCCAGGAUUGACCCGUAAAUCUGGACUUAUGUCAACUUUGAUAAGCCAUCGUUUCACAGCAGUUCAGAAGCUGCCUCCACAACCAGCUGAUGUGAACAUAAACUCUGCAGUUUACCCUGGAGGGCCUCCAGUUCCUGUUCAGGCACCCAAGCUCCUGAAGUUGGUGGACUCAACAGAGAUGACGAGAGGGCCACAGGACACUCCCGGGUAUUGGGUUGUCUCCGGGGCUAGACUUAUGGUUGAGAAGGGCAGGAUCUCACUUCGGGUUAAGUACUCAUUACUGACUGUGAUAUUACCCGAUGAAGAAGAGUCCGAGGAGCAGUGA